AUGCGGUCCAAGAUCUGUUUUGGUGCGGUAACGGUCUUCGGGACUGGUGCCCUUCUUUCUCUGGAGGGACCUGCUCUCUCGUCUUCCUCGCCCUCACUCUUGUUCGCGGAAUGCUUGAGAUCUGAGAAUAGGCUGCAGCAGGGAGUCCUCGCCAAAGCCUUGAGUGAGGACGGACAAGACGGCGAUGAGGCUCCCGCGCCGAUCUUCCCGGAAGAAUCAUGCACUUACCCAGCGGACAACAACUUCGAGAAGAUUAUCACCCCCGCCAUUCUCAAGGCCUUCCUCGAAAAGGCGGCUCCAGGAUUCUCGUACAGAGGCAUAAGCCACCCGCGGGACGCUGCAGUGGCGAUGCACAAGGACAUCUCGUGUGCGAUCCAGGCAAACAGCGACUUUUCUAGCUUCUGCAAUACCAAUGAGAAGUACACAUACGAGGAGAGCGCCUUCGUCAACACCUCUGAAUGCACAGCUUUCCUCGCGCACGCCUUCGUGCAUACGAACUCUUGGCUGCAGUUCGAGGACAGUUCAAGCAGCCGGGAAUGCCGGAACUCUGAGCAAUACCCCUGCGGGUCUGCCAACGCUUCCUACCACGGCCGUGGCGCGCUCAAGAUCCGUGGGAACGAAGAAUAUGGAAGGCUGAGUCAGUAUCUUUUCAACGAUGCCGAAAAGCUGCUGCGUUAUCCGCGGCUAAUCCAGCCACAGGGAAUCAGCGGCUGGGUGGCUUCGCUGUGGAAAUGGAUGGACAAGCGCGCGUACGGGCUCAACUGCCCAGACACGCUUGUCGGAUCUGGCAAGGUUUCGUGCCACGAGGCGAUGUUGAACCAGGACGUGUUCCCGCAGGAGACUGCGGACGCCUUGAGAGACAACGAUGCGGAAAAGCUUACAAAAAGCCUCAGUGGUUUUGGCCUCACAGUCAACAUUCUCGGGGGCGAAAGCUCCGCGUGCUGCCCGGCUGCGCUUAAGUCAGCCGUUGCUGCCAUCCCGAAACCCGUGCUCGUUCCAGCCCUCGGCGCGGGCGCGGCUGGCGCGGAGGCAGCGGGGUUGUCAUCUGCGGCUCCAUUGCUUGCGGGAGCUGAUGAGAGACUGGCAGGAGGACUGACGCACGGCCAACUGAAGCAGCUUUUGAGUCUUGUUGGAGCACCCCAAAACAAUCCCGACGUGCAGGCCGCAGGUGGAGAGACGCAAAGGACAGGCUCGGCUGACGGACCAUCAGCGCAAGCGGCGCAGGAGCAAGAAGCGGGGUCGAGCGCGAGUAACGAGGAUUCCGCGAAAUUUGAGGCUCCAGCGGCGCUUGGAACUGAGAAACAUCGCGAGCAACUUUUUCACCAACUGAUGUCCGGUUUCAUCCCUCCACCUCCCGCUGACGCGAUCCCCGUUCAGCAACAAGCGGCUUUCCUCGAGACGGAGAACUCACCUGCCCUGGCGUCUGCGUCUGCCUCAUCCGUCACGCGGUUCGUGCUGCCGCCCCAGAAUCUGUACCCAGACGGCAAUUCCGCAUCAAUGACUCCCCUGUCGUCGGCGGCGGCCACGUCAGCUUUCCUCACUUUCCUUUCGCAUACUCUUCCCUCUCAUCCGACGCCAGAUUCUGCACCAAGCCCCGUUCCGCUACCCAGUAGCACUGCGCCCCCAGCGCCAUUCCCGCUGCCGGGUGAUGCGAGCCGACUAUGCACAACUCGUGGGGUCCUCUCGGCUAAGACCGCGGAGGCAAACGCGCAGGAUAGCUAUGCCUCCGCAGCAGCUACAGCAGCGGACACGUUUUGUCUCUCUGUGGUUCGAGGUUGCCCUGUAAUGUCUCCUCCGCUUGUGGCGGAAAUGAGUGUGGAUCAAGGAGAUGCUGCAGCUGUCGAGGCGAUGAAUCAGGCGGCCGCAAAAAAUCUCAGUGCCGUUGUUGGCGCAGAGGGUGAAAAAUGCUCUUUCAGGUGUGCGGAGGCGUCGAACAGCGCGAUCCUGGAUGCUACCAACGACGGCGCUCGCAUCGCAGGCCAAGACGCGGGGGAAAAGGAUGCUCUCGAUGCGAGAGGGCACGCUGAAGCUAUUGCGGCACUGACCACAGAAGAAACGCAGGCCAAGUCGUUUGAUUAUUUGCCAAAAUCGGGCGUUGUGUGUGGUUACACGUGUGUGUCCGCUUCGUGA